CCGUUCCUGCCUGCUCAGAUUUCAUUCUCCUCCACCCAUCUCCCGGCCAGCCCCUUCACCUUGUUUCAACUCAGCAGAAUAACCCCCCAGAGAGCAUUUAUUCGGGGUCUGUUCAAGGGGGAUGCUCCAUUGACGCCGUGUCAGGGAAGAUCUCGUGGUCUCGGAAGACGAAUGCCGCAGGCUGAGGGAAGGCUCACCCGAGAUCAGCUCAGUUUGUGGGGCACCCUGUUCUGCUCUGCAGCACAGAUGAUGGAACAGUGAGCGGCUACAAGGAAUUGCUUCACACUUACGAACCUUGAAAGUGUUGCCGAGGUGGUCAUCAGACACAACCACCAGGAACGAUGGGACGGAAGCAGAGGCUGCCCCCCGGAGAACACAAGCACUGCGAGAAAUGCUUCAACCGGCACUGCCAAGUGCCGGUGGUGCCAGCCGUCUCUUGCGUGGUGAUCAGCUGUCGCGUCCACUGCGGCGCGGCCUUCCACAUGUGCAAAGAGGAGGAGCACCGGCUCCUGUGCCCCCUUGAGCAGGUCCCCUGCCUGAACUCAUUCUACGGCUGCCCUUUCACCAUGGCCCGUUUCAAAGUGGCCAAACAUCUCCAGGCCUGCCCCGCUAGCAUCGUCUGCUGCUCCAUGGAGUGGAAUCGUUGGCCGACCGAGGGCUCCACUGACGUUCUGCAUGAGAACAUCAUGAAGGAGAAGCCUGGCCCCGAAUGCUUGGAUGUAGCCCUGGCUCUGAGAGAUCAGAAGGUUCUCUUUGGUGCCCUGAAAAUGGCCGAACUGUUCCCAGAGUGCAGAGACCCUUGUGCCGUGGAUGAGGGAGAAGCCGCGGGUGGCGAGGGAUACCCGGGGGAAGGAGCUACUGGCCAAGGAGCAGGUCAGGCUGACGCCAAUGACGUUCCUCAGCUGAGCCAGCAAGAGCGUGAGAGUUUGGCCAAGGACAAAGAAGGGAUGGAUCUGGCCAGUUACACAGCCUGGGAAAACAUGUUUAGUAAAGAGCUGAAAGCGUGCAAAGUGACGGCCUCGUUGGCAGAUGGCCAGGCAAAAGAACAAGAUGGUAGCUCCACAAACAUGGGCCAGGUGUCCCAUGAGAAACCGGAAGCAGCUGGUGGUGGCGGCAACAGCGUUGGAACCCAACUCUCUCCUCCGGUGAACUUAGCCGCAGAAAGGACUGGCUUUGCCCCUUGGCAGGACGGGGUCCUGGAGCGACUCAAGAAGGAGGUUUCGGUAGGGGACUAUAAUAUGUAUCUGGUCCACCAUGGGAGGAUGCUCAUCCAUUUCGGCCAGAUGGCCGCUUGCACUCCCAAAGAGAAGGACUUUGUCUACGGCAACCUGGAAGCUCAGGAGGUGAAAACCGUGACCACCUUCCGAGUCCCAAUCAGUUACUGUGGCAAAAGGGCUCGCCUCGGGGAUGCCAUCGCACACAAAAAGCCAACCAAGACGGUAUCUGUGGAUACUUCAGACAUGGGUAUCAGCCCGGAGGAUCUCCCAAAGUCUGACAUUAUCCAAACGACACUGCUGUGUGCCCUGGAGAAAGAGCUGAAAGGUCACGAGAUCUCUGAGACGAAGAACACCGACGCCCUGUUUGUGGAUUUCGGGACGCAGACGUACAGCUUUGCCGAGGAACCUUUCUCCUCCACGGUGGUCCUAGCGGACCUCCUGGACGCCGAAGACCUGCCAAGCCUGCAGAUGCAUCUUAACAGCGAGAGCGUGACCCGGAGGCACAACAAGAGCAGCUCGGCUUUCUCCUUCUCCUGCAACCGCUUCUUCCGGCGGGACGAGUUUCCGUCCCAUUUCAAGAAUGUUCACGCCGACAUCCAGUCCUGCCUGGACGGGUGGUUCCAGCGCCGCUGCCCGCUGGCUUACCUGGGGUGUCCGUUUGUUCAGUACCCCUGGUGCCCUGCUGGGCAGAAGUCCCGUGUUGUCUACAGCCAGCCUCUCAAGGCAUUUGCUGUGGAGCCCCAGGUUCAUCCUGCCCUCUCGGAAACGAGGCGGUGCAAUGCACUGAGGAACAACCGAGGGAAGGAAACGGAUGCUCUGAGCAACCUCCCCCUGGAGAUCCUGCAGUACAUCGCCGGGUUUUUGGAUAGCUUCAGCUUGGCUCAGCUGGCCCAGGUGUCGGUGCUCAUGAGGGACAUCUGCGCCACUCUGCUGCAAGAGAGAGGGAUGGUCUUCCUGCUGUGGGAAAAGAAGAGAUAUUCCCACGGGGGCACUUCGUGGAGAGUCCGCAGAAAGGUCUGGAAGUUUAGCAGCCUGUUCUCUACCAUUAAGAACUGGCAGUUCAGUGACAUCCCUUCCAUGGCCGUGCACUUGAAGACCUGCCCUUUUUACGAGGUGGAGCACAAGACGGACCCCGUCCAGCUGACCAGCAUGUUUUCCUCGGAGGAGCUGACGCAAGAGAGUUUGGUGUCCACAUUUAUGCGCAAAUCUGGCCGGAAGAAACUGCAGAGCAGGCUGCGCUAGUUUCAAGGGGUGUAUGUGUGUGUGUGGCUGCGUAUCCGUUUUGUCCUGGAAAAUCGACCCUGCGGACUUCAGCGGCUGUCUUCAAAAUACAUUACACGUUCUCGGUCUCUCUCAGUCGUUCAAGAGAAGAAUCUGAGCGGUGCCGAGACCUAAGCUAACGGCUUUCAAAAGCUGAGGAGGGCGAUUCCAGAAUCAUGCAUAUCGACUGGAAGUGCGCUCCUAAUGUCCGCAGCCUCCGCAUUGCUCUCAAAAGCACAAGGAUUAUGACAAGUGGACAGGCUAGAGCAAGAAACUGGUGCUCUGUUAUGUGUCUGUCUUCCUCUCUUUUCUCUCUGUCUCAAGAUAGGUCGGGGGAAACAGCAGAUGGAUUGAGAUUAUUUUUAAUUAAAAUGUAUUUGGAAUGGAGCCUGCCAUUAUAAUGUUUGGGAAUUGUAUACAAUGGAGAUGAACCAUGUACUGGCCCCUGAUCGUCCUCGUCCCUCUCCUUUGCACCCACUCCAUUCUGUCCACAU